UCCGCAGCUGUCUGUAGACGUUUAGCACUGACAGCUAUCGUUAUGUCAGCAUGGCAACUCAUGCACAGGUGCUGUUUGCUCUGAGUUGUCCAUUCAUUCGUCAUUCGCCGUUUCGACUUGUUGUGUUUUGUGUUGUUGCAUGCUACUUGCUUGUAAAUAACCAAAAGAGACGAAGAAGAAGACUUUGUGCUGCAAUUCCAAGAAUUUGAAAAUUUCAGUAGAAUCACUACAAUUACGCGAAGAAAAUUGCUUUAAAAGUGUAUAAACUGAUGAAAAACUAAAAUGAAAUGUUGAUCCUUUGGAUGUGUGAGCAAAAUGAAGUGAAAAUUUGCUAAAUAUUAUUAGCGUAAAGCAACAAAAUUCGAUUUCCCAGAAAGGUCAAUUUCUACGAAAACGAAUUUCCGAGAAUUCGAAUUGAUCUGCGCUGCUGUACGUUGUGUUGUGUGUGUAUGAUCGUAGUGGAAGGACGCAGUGUAGAUCACAUACACAAGUGAAACUAAAAAGGGGGAAGUGUGUAUUCGUAGUGCAAGUGCAAGAAGGCGCUGCAUUUUUCCCCGAAUUGGACUAAUCGCUGGCUCUGCAAUAAAACAGCAGAAGUAAUUUGGUUGCUUUUGUAUAUCAUAUGAAAUAUUUGUACAAUAUAUGCAACAUGAUGAUUGCAUUAUUUCGAUGCAUUAGUACUGCAGCCGUUGGACUGUUGUGGUUAGCGCUAUGCGCUGCAGCCUAUCGUGAUGAAUUUGUUGGUGAAACGAUACCCGCAAACGUUGAAAUGAAUGUAGGUGACAGCGUUAAUAUAUCCUGUCUAAUCAAUCCCACCAUUUUUUCUGGGGAAAAUCCUUGCGAAAUGUACUUCAUAAAUGAGCUCACAAGGAAACGCGUACCUGAUGAGGACAUUCUCAUAAUGAACUCUACCUACAUUGUUUAUAUGCUACGCAAUGCACCCGAACAAUCUUCAAGGCUCCUAUGUAAAUGUGAUAGGGAUGCGAUCAUGGAAACCUACGUCUACGUAGGUACCUCUCCACGGGGUGUAUCACAGUUUAAUUGUCGCAGUUAUGAUUUCGAAUAUAUGGUUUGUAAUUUUACACAACCAGAAAAUCCGGUACUUACACAGUACAACCUCACCUACUACAUCCACUCGCCAGAUUACGAAACACCUGCCUAUUGUAAUUUUGACAUGAAACCGCUGGUCGUUUGUAAUAUAACCGCAGAGCACUCUUAUCGCCCACAAAUCGAAGAGUAUCACUUUAAGGUGCACAGCAGCAAUGCCUUGGGCAGCAUUAAGCAAGAGUUCACCAUAAACAAUUUGAACGUUAUGGUGCCAGCAAAACCAGGGCAGGACUUCCGUAUUCUUAAAUUAACCACAGACAGCAUGGAAGCCACAUGGAGCAUGCCAAAAUACGACUCAUACACACCAAACAAACACAGAGGACUACAAUGGGAGGUGUUGCUGCAGCCUGAUGGCUUUCCAGCACGCAACACUAGUGCGCAAGUGCGUGUGGUACGCGUUGAACGCGGUUGUAAACUAUUUGUAAGUGAGCUCCCUUACGCCUACUAUUGGUAUGAGUUGAGGCUACGGGUGAAGGUGCGUAAUGCCGCCGCUAGUGAAGAUAUGUGGAGUCCAACAUUUAGGUAUCGUUUCCGUACACAACCGCGAUUGCCAGAUCGGCCACCGCGUACUGAUAAUGGAGGUUUCUAUGUCAAUCCAUUGGAAACCGAAGUGCGUCUCUAUUGGGAGCAGUUGGAAAAGUGGGAGGAGAAUGGUGAUAAUUUCACAUAUGUUAUACGAGCUGAGGCAAAGCCGGCAAAUGGGCGAGCAAGAGCAAUACUGCCACGCCAACAAGAAGCUAGCUUUGCUGUUUUCGAAUGGCGUUAUGACCUACACUACAUAUUCGAUAUCAGUAGUCGCAAUCAUUUGGGGGAAUCCUCUGCAUCGAGUCGCAUAACAAUAUAUCCACAAACGAGUCGUUCGGCUAGGCAGCAUACACCAAAAUCCAUACAUAAUGUCUAUCAUCAGACAAAUCGCUCAUACACGCUCACCUGGCUGCCGCCGGUGGUGCGUGAGGACCUUCAGAGUUACACCGUGUAUUGGUGUUAUUCUAAGCUAGCUAUGCCUACAGAUUGCAGAGGCUCUAUACAUUUUCGUCAGGUAAGUCGCGAUACUCAUCGUUUCGCCACAGAACCACAAGUGGCCGAGCACGAUCACUCGCUCACAUUGGCCGUUUCGGCUAAUUACCACCAAUAUAACACCGGCAUGCAUUGGACUUCAUGCAGCGUGGACGUGAAUGCUGAUUUCGAGCCAAUGGAGCCGGAGGUGCAGUCAAUUUCUGCUACGGAAUUGCGCGUACAAUGGAGUUCGAAAACUGUUUGUCCCUCUAUUUUGAGUGGUUACAAUCUAACCUACUGUGAAGUGGCGAAUUCACCCGAUACCGACAGUAUUACACCGCCGAGUGUCGAAAGUGGUUUAUUCGAAUCUUAUACCAGCGGCAGGACUGUAUCUGCCGACAAGGCACCAUGCCGUGGGCCAGCCACCACAAUUACCAUCGAUAAGAACUGGAACAAGUGUAAUAUAACAGGAUUGAAGCCAUACACGUUGUAUCGCUUGGAGAUGUUUAUGUUUUCGAACCUUAAGGUGGGCAAGCCGAAUGAACCGCUUGUGGUGCGUACCUUUGAGUCGGCACCGACACCACCACGUCAGCUACACGUGUCAAAUCUGACAGAUACGAGCGCCAGGAUCAGCUGGCUGCCUCCAAGUCAGACCAAUGGUUAUAUACGACAGUAUAUUGUAAAAUUGAAUAACAGAGAGUUUGUUGUUAAUGCUUCAGCUGACAAUGUCAGUGAAAUUAGUUAUGUGUUGACGAAUCUCACCAGCUACACGGCAUAUAAGGCAUUUGUCAUUGCGGUUACAAGAUACAAUUCGGAUCACAGCAAUGAUAUACAUUUUACAACGUACAUGAGCGCGCCAUCCCAAUUAGGCAGCUCUAAAUUUUUUGACCGGAACAAUGGAGAAGUGGAGCUCAGUUGGACACCUCCGAAGUCAGCUGGUGGCCGCCUGGAUUUUUACGAGGUUGCCGUUACACAGCUGCGCGGUAAUCAUGUGGAGCGUCGGCGCAUUAGCGUUGUCUUUGGCACUCGGUGCAUAUUGCGUGCGCCCACUUGUCCUGAUCUCGAUUAUCAAACCAAAGUGGAUGUGCGCGCCAUUAAUGCCGGUGUUAUUGCCAACAAUGAAGUGAAUCCAAGUGAUAUUGAAGCAUUUGGAACUCCCGCUCAAAACGAUGCUGAAUUAAGCGACUAUGAUGGCACCGACGACCUGGUUUGUACGGGUCCUGGUGACAGAGCGAGCAUUGAACGCCAGAAAGCGCAACUAAAGCGCUACCUUAACAACGAUGAGUAUUUGCUGUACAAAUCCGAGUGGUUUCCGGGUACUAGCUUUGGUUGCUCGCCACGUUCGCUGGGUAGAAUUACUGCUAUGACAUUGAUGAUUGUGUGCACUUCGAUCUUGUUGAUGGCGCUCAUGUUCUUUGCUACGAAGAAAUGGAAAAUGAUGAGUGAUAUACAUUGCUCGCUACCCCCAGCCUUGGAUGCCUACCUUACAAAGGAGUUGCAUGGCAACGCAAAUGGCUGCGGCGGUGCUACGACCAAUGGGGAUGUGCGUGGAAUUUUCGUAAAUGAUUUCUUCAUGUCGACAACGGUGCGCAAUGGCAGCUUACCGCCACUACAUGGCAGCCACGAACGGUUGCACAAUGAGGAGCACCAUUUGUUGGGUGCGCUCAAACACGAUUCGGGCUUCAUAGGUGAUGGUCUACUAUUCGGAAGGAGCGUUAGCGCUGUGGCUACAUCAGUAGCGGCGGAUAAUGAAGGUAGCGAGGAGAGUUUAGCCUAUCGUGGAAGGGAGUACUUGAACUCGGAAAGUUCGGCGGAUUCACUGAUUGGUAGUACAAAUAGCAGCGGCGGAGGUUUUGGCGAAGGUGAUGCGCAGGAUGUGGGCGCAAAUGCAGUGCCAUUGAAACGUAUUGCGGAGGAGCCUUCAGGUUAUGUGCAACCGCCUCAGGUACAAGCUGCUGCCAAGGGCGGCUACGUAACGCCGACGGAUUUGAACGCUUGGACACAGCCAAAAGCGACUGCUAAAGCAACAGCUGUCCCCAUAGACCGAAUAGGAGCAGCUUCUGGCAACGAUGGCUAUAUUCAAGCUGAAGUUUUGGCAGCUGGCGGAAAGCAAACUAAUUUGGAAACGCCCUCGAAAGUGCUGGCAACCGGAGCAACUGCUGCUUUCGGCGGUUAUGUUACACCAAACGAACUGACGACGUGGUCACAACAAAAUCGGCCUGUAGCUGCUGAUGCUGUAGAAGCCAACGCUUUGCACCCAACUUGCUUUAGUGGUUACAUAAAGCCCACAGAUUUGAGCACCCCCGAUGCAUGGCCAGAACAGGCAAUGGAAACGGGAGAAAAUGCACAGGAUAGCGGCAUUAAAAGUGAUUACAUAAAAGUAAAUGAUUUGCGCGACACUAGCGCCACUGUUUGGCCACAGCAGCAGCAAGAACAGCAGCAGGUGGUUGCAGCGCCCGCGCUCAACAGUGGCUAUGUAACAGUGGACAGUUUAACAGCUUUGGCGUCCAAGGCGACAACAGCUGCCACGCCAGUUAUGACCAGCGUCAACAGCAUUAAUAAAAUGCAGGCAACGCCACCGUCGACAGCUGCUCUCAGUCCAUCCACUAGCGGUUACGUACAUCCAAACACUUUACAAAAAAUGCUAUUCUCAGCUCCAACGCCGCCAACAGCAGGCGGAAAGGCCAUCAAUUCACCAUUUGGCGAUACAAAUCUCAGCGGCUAUACCACGCUAGACGCGCUGGGCAAAUUAACACCUCCGCAAGGCGCGCGCACAAUGAAUUUGCCGGCUGACCAAACAGCAGGCGGCAAACCCGGCCUCAUCGGCUAUGUAACGCAGCGCGAAAUGAACGAAUUCGGACAGCAGCAGCAACAGCAAAUUCAGUAGGAAAGGCAGGGAAGGAAGGAAAAAAAGGUGUGGAAAAAUACCGAGUGCAUUUCUUAUAGAUUCUACCGCGUAAAUUACAAAAAAGAUUAGAAGCGCGGGCAAUGAAUCGGUUUUUUUUUUGUUCUAUGAAUUGCUGAGCGAUUUUGCUUCUGCCCUCAAACUUAACCCCCUGAAUGCUGGAUUUUCACUAAUAAGUUUCUUUUUAAACUUAAAAAAUACUAAUUAAUUUUUUACGAAGGCUUAAUGCGUACGCGAUAGUAUUAAUAUAUGACAUGAUUUAUGAUUUGUAAUUUUUAUUACUAAGAUUUUUUCAAUAAUAGUUUUAGUGCUAGUUUUUAAACGACUUUAAAUGCAUUUGACUGUAAUGACUUCGAUAAUAUUAUAAAAUUUAAUUUUAUGAUUUUAUGUCGAUAUACAAACAAAAAGGGCCCUAUCUUAAAUGUUUGUGUCUUUACGGUGUAGUUACAAAAUUUUAUAAAGACUAAAUUUUCAAUUUUGAAUUUCUUGAAAUGCUGGGCUUUGACAAACACUGAAAUUUAUUUAUUGAUGUAGAUGUUUUUAAAUUCGAGUAAUCUACAAGCAAAAUUUCGAAAGAAAAUUAGUUGGGGUCUUUCUAUAUUAUGGUAACGAUAUGUAUGUAUGUACAUUGGCGGUCAAAAAUGGAUGAAUGGUGUUUCGUUAUUAAUAUUUACAAUG